UGGCGCUCCCGGGCUGAUGCUCGCACUCCCGGCCGAGCGCUCCGACCGCGCGCGCCUUCCUGCGUCCUGUCGGGCCGCGGGCUUGGGUGGGCGGGGAGGGCGCGGGACGGGCGCUCCGGACCCGGCGACACCGAGAGCGUCUCUUUCAGCAGCCGGGAAGACAGGCGGUGGCCCGAGGCGCGCGGCGCUUGCUUGGGGCGCGCUCCUGACCGCCUGACAUCCCUCGGAGCGGGCAGGCAUGGGGUGCUUGGGCAACAGUAAGACGGCGGAGGACCAGGGCGUCGAUGAGAAGGAGCGGCGCGAGGCCAACAAGAAGAUCGAGAAGCAGCUGCAGAAGGAGCGCCUGGCAUACAAGGCCACCCACCGCCUGCUGCUGCUGGGGGCUGGUGAGUCAGGGAAGAGCACCAUCGUCAAACAGAUGAGGAUCCUGCACGUCAAUGGAUUUAAUCCCGAGGAAAAGAAACAGAAAAUUCUGGACAUUCGGAAAAAUGUGAAAGAUGCUAUUGUGACAAUUGUUUCAGCAAUGAGUACUAUCAUCCCUCCAGUACCUCUGGCCAAUCCAGAAAACCAAUUUCGAUCAGACUACAUCAAGAGCAUAGCACCUAUCACUGACUUUGAAUAUUCCCAAGAAUUCUUUGAUCAUGUGAAGAAACUUUGGGAUGAUGAAGGCGUGAAGGCAUGCUUUGAGAGAUCAAACGAAUACCAGCUGAUUGACUGCGCACAAUACUUCCUGGAGAGAAUCGACAGUGUCAGCUUGGUGGACUACACACCCACAGACCAGGACCUUCUCAGAUGCAGAGUGCUGACCUCGGGUAUUUUUGAGACUCGAUUCCAAGUGGACAAAGUAAACUUCCACAUGUUCGAUGUCGGCGGCCAGAGGGACGAGAGAAGAAAAUGGAUCCAGUGCUUCAACGAUGUCACUGCCAUCAUCUAUGUGGCCGCCUGCAGCAGCUACAACAUGGUGAUCCGGGAAGAUAACAACACCAACCGGCUGCGAGAGUCUCUGGACCUCUUCGAGAGCAUCUGGAACAACAGGUGGUUACGAACCAUUUCUAUCAUCUUGUUCUUGAACAAACAGGAUAUGUUGGCAGAAAAAGUCUUGGCAGGGAAAUCAAAAAUUGAAGAUUAUUUCCCAGAGUAUGCAAAUUAUACUGUUCCCGAAGAUGCGACACCAGAUGCAGGAGAAGAUCCCAAAGUGACAAGAGCAAAGUUCUUCAUCCGCGAUCUAUUUUUGAGGAUCAGCACAGCCACGGGAGACGGCAAACACUACUGCUACCCACACUUCACCUGCGCCGUGGACACGGAGAACAUCCGCCGGGUGUUCAAUGACUGCCGAGAUAUCAUCCAGAGGAUGCAUCUCAAACAGUACGAACUCUUGUGAGGUGCGGCCCUCCGCCCCGGACUGCCUGUGUGGGCCAAGCCCUGGGAGAAAGUAGUGAGUCCCCUUGUCCCCUCCUUCCUGCGUAUGCCCUGGUGUCCCUAGCUGCUGGCUACCUCUGCCCUCCCUCCUGCCCCCUCGGGGUUGGUGCCGUAGCUUUUGUUUCCAUUGAACUUGACCUGCCACCAUCUCUCACCCCACCCCCAGCAGUUGGACUCACUGUCUGCCCCCUCCGUUCUCUUGGGAGGCAGCAGGGAAAUCUGGGGUGGCCCCCUCGGAGUUGUGCAGUAACUAGAUCAUCACCUACCAAUUCUUGCUGACUUUGCAGACAGGUGAGAAAUGCACUUUUAUUCAGCUCUCCUGCAGGGGAGGAGAGGCCCAUGCAGGAAGGAGCUGAGCCCCUCAACUUUUUAGCUGAGGACACAUGGAGGGGUGGGUGGCAAACGGCCCCAUGAGUCCACAUCUACCUGCUGCUAGAAGCAGGCCCUUUGC